GUCAUUUCUCGUUGUCAUUAUUUCAUCGACAUCAUCAAAGUCCAGGUCAAAAAUAAGUGGCCGACGGUAUGGCUAGGCGUAGUUUUCGACUGCCCAACAAUUACGAUUUCUCGUGGUUGGUCGCGCUAGGCGCCUGCACCUAGGUACGCACCUAAGUGGCCUCUGAUGCUUUUUAAAGAGCAAUGUCACCGCCUCUUCCAUUUCCAGAGAUCUCCUUUUGAAUGAAAUGAUCCAUCAAUGGCGGUAGUUUCAGUACUUCUACGCUGGAAUAUGUCGUAGAAGCACCAUUCGGAAUAGUCCACAUUCUGAAUCAGUACUGCAAUGAAGCUGGGUGGAAUUCCGGGCGAUUUUCACUCAUAGGUCUACCGUUCCAAGUCUUGCAAUGCAAAAUUUCAAUCCUUGCACAGCUGCUGAUCUUUGUUUGUCGGAGGGCGCAUGCGGAUGCUGUGAUUGGCACCGAAGGUGCAGUCGGGCUUGGACCAUAAUCAGAAUCGUGGGCACUGUGAAUCCCCAGCGCCCUUACAUCGCACUCUACCCCAGCGGUGUCGUCAACAACGAGGAACGAAAAUAUCAUUGGGCGUUCCUGAUUGGACCCAAGGUGCAAAAGGGCCGCCCGGGUCUCUAUGGCAUACGUUGUCAUGUCAAGAACCAGCUGAGCCCAAGUCCGAAUGGGCCCUCACGACCCCGGUGGGAAUAUGAAGAGCUUGCGCUAAACGACGUUCGGAACACCAACAACCUCCUCAUCCGCAUCAUGAUUGGGAAAAUCAUCAACGCGAAAAAUCUUCUCCAGACGCUCCGAAGUGUGCCCGUGGUUCAGGGUGAUCCGGAAUGGAGGUGCCGUAGUUGGUGCGCCGACGCCCUUGUAGCACUCGAAAGAGAUGGCCAGGCCAUGGGAGCUUCGGUACUCGACUGGCGUCGUAUUGAAGAGUUGACAAGGCGUCACGUCCGGGAAAAGAUUGCUCAGGGACGCUUUGACGACUCAUGGCUGCUGGUAAACCCCAAGCCGACCUGGGAUCUCUGGGAGAACAAAGAGGUGAUAGCUUAGAGGGUUCUUUCUUCAGUGGAAAGCAAGCUUGGCUGAGUUGGAAGGACUUGAGAGAUUUAUAUCGAAAUUUUGUAGACGGUACAAAUGAAUGUAUAUCAUUGUACCUUCAUUCGUUAAAUACCUCCCCACCAUUUCUGGCGAAUAGUCU